CUCCAGAAUUAAAGAAAUAUUCUAUUUUUAUGGUGAAACGUUGCAAGAUCGGUGUCUUAUUGACUGAAUUGUGGUUGGUAGUGCAAUUAUGAUGACUACGUAUCAGCAGGAGCGGCUAGUAUUGAACGGAGGAACAAAUGCGCCCGAACCCAUGAGCACUCCCGAGGAGUCCGAGCCCGAGCCUCCGGCCCCCGGGACCGAGGACCCGCCGCCGAAGAUCCCGAAACUCGACAAUGGAUCACAAAAAGCUAGUUUAACUUAUGAUCUUAAACAGAUUGGAGAAGUUGUCACAGGACCAGGAGCUAGGAGUAAUACAUUUGCGGGGAUCCUCGGUGGAGCUCUUCCAAAGCUGUCCACAGACCAGAGCGACAAGGUCAGCAAGGCGAAAAAAUACGCCAUGGAACAGAGUAUACGGAUGGUGCUUAUGAAACAGACUCUGGCCCAUCAACAACAGCAAAUGGCUAGUCAGAGGACUCAGGUCCAGCGUCAGCAGGCUCUCGCCCUUAUGUGCAGGGUGUACGUUGGAAGCAUCAGUUUUGAGCUCAAGGAGGAUACAAUUAGGCAGUCCUUUUUACCAUUUGGACCAAUAAAAUCCAUCAAUAUGUCGUGGGAUCCAGUCACACAAAAACACAAAGGAUUUGCAUUUGUUGAAUAUGAAAUACCAGAAGCAGCUCAAUUAGCGUUAGAACAAAUGAACGGCGUUAUGAUAGGUGGACGUAACAUUAAAGUCGUCGGACGGCCUAGUAACAUGCCCCAAGCUCAAGCCGUUAUUGACGAAAUACAAGAAGAAGCAAAACAGUACAACCGCAUUUAUGUCGCCUCCAUACAUCCAGAUCUGACAGAAGACGACAUCAAAAGCGUAUUUGAGGCAUUUGGUCCCAUCAUAUACUGUAAACUUGCGCAGGGAAGCUCCGGCCACAAGCACAAAGGCUAUGGUUUUAUCGAGUACGAGACGGCACAGGCGGCCAACGAGGCGAUCGCAAGCAUGAAUUUAUUCGACCUUGGGGGCCAGUAUUUGCGCGUUGGCCGCGCCAUAACGCCUCCGAACGCUCUCUUAGGCCCCUCGUCCGGUUCCAGUGUGAUGCCCACGGCGGCGGCGGUGGCCGCAGCCGCCGCCACGGCCAAAAUCCAGGCCAUGGACGCGGUGGCAAGUAACGCAGCUGCGUUGGGUUUCUCCAAAUUGAGUCAACCGGUGGUGGCGGCUGCACCGCCCCCGCCGGUCAUCCCGGCCGUAAUACCGCCCCCAGGGCUGGCAAUACCCCAAGUGCUUCCGGAUAAUACGAUUCAACCGACGAUUGUGCCGGUGGUGACGGUGCCCCCGGUGAUUGCCCCUCCGACGGUGGUCACCCCCACGCUGACCCAGCCGGCGGUGCCUGCGAGGAAUAGCUCGGAGGAGGCGUUGAAGCGGGCACAGGAGGCGCAGAUGAAGCAGCAGGAGGAGUUGCAGAAGAAGUUGUUGGAUCAGAAUGAGCCGCAGACGUUGCAACAGCAGGAGAAUAUGAGUAUAAAGGGGCAAAAUGCGAGGCAUUUUGUUAUGCAGAAGUUGAUGCGGAAGGUUGAUUCCAAAGUGGUGAUUUUGCGGAAUAUGGUAGGGCCGGAGGAUGUUGAUGAGACGUUGCAAGAGGAGAUUCAGGAGGAGUGUAGUAAAUUUGGGACGGUUGAAAGAGUGAUUAUCUAUAACGAGAAACAGUCGGAAGAGGAUGAUGCGUCCGAUGUCGUGGUUAAAAUCUUUGUAGAGUUUACGGAAACACCCGGUAUGAAGCGGAAAAGGCCAGAGAUGCACUUAAUGGGAGGUACUUUGGCGGAAGAAUGGUUCAAGCAUCACUUUACGACCAAACUUUGUUUGAUCAUAUUAAAAGCCAAAAUGUCUUUCUUCAACAACAUUAAAAAAGUGCUUCAUUUCGGCGGCAACGAUGCGAAAAAGAAAAAAGUGUUCAACAACGUGCGCAUGGAGUGCGACCCCGAGGAGUUUUGGGACAUGAUCGGGGAGCUGGGCGAUGGGGCUUACGGCAAGGUCUACAAAGCCCAGCAUAAACAUACGGGACAGCUGGCCGCGGCGAAAAUGUGCCGACUGGAUGGGGAGGACGACCUCUCCGACUUCAUGAUAGAAAUUGAUAUUUUAACCGAGUGCAAACAUCCAAAUAUUGUCGAGUUGCACGAAGCCUUCCAGAAAGAGCAGCAACUCUGGAUGUUAAUCGAAUACUGUGAUGGUGGGGCCUUAGAUAGUAUUAUGACUGAAUUAGAAAAACCUCUAACUGAAUUACAAAUUGCUUAUGUGUGCCAAAACAUGUGCAAGGGACUCGAGUUCUUGCACAAAAACCACGUUAUACACAGGGACUUGAAAGCGGGAAAUGUGCUGCUGACCAUGGAAGGAGGGGUCAAGCUGGCCGACUUCGGAGUCUCCGCUAAAAAUAAAAGCACGAUGCAAAAACACGACACGUUCAUCGGAACGCCAUACUGGAUGGCCCCCGAAGUGGUCCUUUGUGAGACUUUCCGCGACAAUCCGUACGAUUUCAAAGUGGACGUGUGGUCGAUGGGCAUAACUCUCAUUGAAUUCGCCCAAAUGGAGCCACCCAACCACGAAAUGUCACCCAUGAGGGUGUUACUCAAAAUCCAAAAAUCCGAUCCGCCCAAAUUGGAACAACCGUCGAAGUGGUCGAAGGAGUUUAACGAUUUCGUGUCAAAUUGUCUGGUCAAGGAUCCGCAAAAAAGACCAACCUGUGACGAGUUGUUGAAGCAUCCGUUUAUUAAUUGUACGCUGGACUCGAAACCGAUCAGGGAUUUGUUGUUGGAGUACAAGGCGGAGGUUGUUGAAGAGGAAUUGACAGAUGAUGAUCCCGAGGACAACCGCACUUCUCAUGUUCCUCUGGAUAUAGAAGAUGACUCCACUUCUGUAAAGAGCAGCGAAGUUGACAAUAAAGUAAAUGACCUAGAAUCUCCCGUAAUUAAUGUAGAAGAAGAAACUGCUAAAGAUUUGACAGCUUCGACGCCUAGCAAUGUCCAAGCCGACAAAAAACCGCUGGAGAAGAAAGACGAAGUCCAGAGGAAAACCUCCCGGGAUAAAGGUAAAGCGCCCCCACCUCCCAUCCAACCCCAAGCGAGUUCGUCGACUGAGAAACCUCCAGCCCCGGCUGCACCUGUCGCCAUUCCCAACCUACCAACGCCCCCAUCUUCGCCCAUCACACCUCCAGCAACUCCGCCAAGUUCUAGUCCAGUUCAUCCAGGUAGCGAACCCGCAAAACCCGAAGAAAACAAAGACAACGUCGAUAAUAUUAAAGAAGUAUUAGAAAAACAAUUGAAGAAGCGGCAGUCUGAAGGCGACGUAGCGAGUGAGGGAGUCACAGUCAGUGCGACAUCUGACGACACUGUUAGUAACUUUGUUGUGGUUUCGUCACAAUCUGAACGAAACAAACUAAACACUUCCACUAUCACCAUUAACUCUGAUCUUCCCGAUCCCUCAAACAGUUUAGCGUCGAAUAUCAGUCAGGUGACUGUAGUAACGACUCAUCCGCCCGUUAUUAUCGACAAUACUCAAUGCGUGUCGCGAUCUUCAACUUCCCCCAGUAAUAGUACAAACGAGGUCGUGAUAGUUGCGAACGAAACGAAUAAAACACACGUUGAAUCAUCAGACGAUGAAUGUUACCCGAGUUUGGAUUCGUUGGAAUACCCCCCACCCAGCGAGUUCCGCGACAGGCCGCUCAAAGCGAAAAAAUUAGACGAAAGCGAGGUUUUAAUCGUCGAUUCGAGUUAUGUUAUAAACGAUUCGGGUCUGGACGUAUCCGACGAUAACUCCCGACUUUUGGAUACUAGUCACGUGUCUGUUGUAAAAAUCGACGAAGAGAAAGUCCAAGUCAAGGAUUCGACGUCAUACCUCGACAAGUCGGGUGAUAAUUUCCGAAGUUCGACGAGUGAUUUAUCGAACGCUUCCUCGUGCAAAACGGGAAGUAGCGAUGAAGUUCGGGGCACUUCGAUAACACUCGACGCGCCGCCGAACGAAAUUAAGGCAAAAAUGAACGGACAAGUUGUGCUAAACGGCAAAGGGUUCGACAAUUACGAGUCGGCUUUGUCCGACCGUUCACACAGCGACUGUGGAUCGGUUCGCAGCAACGACUCGCACCGAAGACCGGUUUCGGCCAAAAGUAUCGAGCAUUCGGACAUUGAAAGUAUCUCAAUAGCUAGUCACGAGAGUCGGGGAAGCACCGGCAAAGAACCGAAGAACGACCGACUGUCGGAAUUGGACGAGAACGACGACGGUGUCAUCUUGCGCAAGAAAGCCCAGAAAACAAAAAGAACGUCUCUAGCAAUCGCCAAUCGAAAGACCCGCAAAAGAACCCGGAAAUUUAUAAUAGAUGGCGUUGUCAUUACCACGACUACCAGCAAAGUGAUUUGUCCCGACGAAGAUAAUUACAACUUGGCCGAUUUGCAUAAUGACAGGAAACAAGAAUUGCGCGAAUUGAAAUACUUGCAAAAACAGGAACAAAAACAAUUCCAGGAUUUGGCGUUUAAGGAGAAUUUAACGCUGGAACAGCAGGAUAAAAAGUUCGAACAAGAACGAGUGAAUCUCGAACGGACGUACGAAAACGACUUGGAGAUGUUGAGUCGGCAGCAGAGGAUGCAAAUCGAGAAAGCCGAAGCGCAUCAAGAUGCCGAACUCCGAGCUAUGUCGAAGAAAAUUCGAGGGGAGCAAGAACGCGAGUUGAAGAUUUUCCGAGACGGGCUUAAGCAAGAAUUGAGAUUACUUAAAGCCGAAAUCGAUUUGUUACCGAAGGAGCGGCGCAAGGCCGAAUUUAAACUGCGAAAGGAGAAAAUGGAUGCUGAUCAUCUCGAGCGCGAGAAGGCGUUUUUGGAGAAACUCAAUGAGAAUCAUGAGAGUUCGUUGCGAAGGCUGAGCGAUUCGCAUCGUGAGAAAAUUGCGUUGAUGGAAAGGCAGUUCUUGCAGCAGAAGCAGCAGUUGACGAGGACGCGCGAAGCGGCGCUUUGGGAGAUCGAAGAGAGGCAGAUUCAUGAGAAGCAUCAGUUGAUGAAGAGACAGAUUAAGGAGAUAUUUAUUCUGCAAAGGCAUCAGAUGUUGACGAGGCAUGAGAAGGAGAAGGAGCAGAUUAAGAGACGGGCGGCGAGGAAGGAAGAGGAGUUGUUAAAGAAACAAGCGGCGGAAAAAAGGUCGCUGCCGAAGAGGAUCAGGACGGAGAUGAAGGCGAGAGAGCUGAUGUUCAGGGAGUCGAUGAGGAUAUCAAUUUCCGGGACGAACGAUCCGGAAGCAGAGAAGAAUAAGUUUAAAGAGUUCCAAGAGAAGGAGAAAAAGCGCUACCAGGCCGAGCAGCAACGCUUCGAGCUGAAACACCAGCGCCAACUCGAAGAGCUCCGCGCAAUGAGCGACGCCACCAUCAAAGAGCUCGAACAACUCCAGAACGAAAAGCGUAAAAUGCUCCUCGAACACGAAACGAUGAAACUAAAGCAACGCGAAGAAGCAUUCAGUCGCGAACUAAAAGAAUGGAAAGCUCAACUCAAACCGCGAAAACAGAAAUUGGAAGAGGCGUUUGCCCAGCAGUUGGAAGAACAGGAAAGGGUUUAUGGGCCGAUCAGUACUCCUCUGGCUUUGCCUCCAGAUUUGCCCGAUCUGAGCCAGGAGAGUUGCAAGAUCGGGAUGGGGUCGACUAGGAGCAGUUUAUCGUCGGUUUCGGAGGGAUAGAACGCUUUAGGAAACAGUAUACUCCAAAAUGUGCCUCUGCAGAUCCAGAGCGAGCAUUGAUUACCCUAACUCGUGUAUAUACUUAUUACACAGACUGAAUAAUUAAGAAAAUCGUAUGAAACAUUUUUUUCGUUUUGUUUCUUUUACUAGAGAGAUUGAGGUGACCUGAUAAGCUACUUAAAUUUGGAAAUUUCGAAAGGGAGAAUUUUUUUCAGGUUGUUUACUGAAAACAAAUAAACUAUUGUUAGCUUGCUUGCUAAAACUAGACUAGUUUUACGUCGAUCCUUUUUAUUAAAUUAAGAUUAGAGGUGAUUGAGGAUUUAAAAUUGUGUGCAUUUAUUAAAACCAGACUGACAGGUUACACUUGUUAUUUUGUGAAAUAAUUAAGUUAGAUUGUACUAAUAGUUCAAAAGAUUGUUAUAUCAUGUUCGUAAGUAAGUUUUCUUUGUAUUGAGGUAUUAUCUAACAAUAAAUACUGAUUAAUUAUUAUUUAACAUAAUAGAUUGUAUUGGGAUUGUUUUUUGUUUACGCUUGCACUACUCCAGUCUGAUGUAUAAAUACUAUUAUAGUCCAUGUUAUUUAAAUACUGAAAUUUUUAUCAGCUGUAUUCUAAGGUGUACAUACAAAUUCCAUCUAACUUAAGUUUAUUAGGACAGUGUGAUAAGAUUUUUAUCGUCUUUUAGUUCUUUACUAACGUUUGCCACUAUCAUGCUGUUCUGUAUUAUUAUGAUGUACAGUCAGUGUAUUUUAUUUUUAUGUGCAUAUUAUUUACCAGUAACUAUUAUAUUCAAAUAAAUAAUAUAAAUAGAAUUCGAUUUAAUCCUUCCACCUCAACUUUUCUGGGACAUACUGUAUAUUAAAAAAAAGUAAGGUUAGGGUACGGUUUACCAACAAAAACGAAAAUGGUUUUAUUCGAACAAAUAAGGCUGAAAAACUGCCGAUUGUGUCACACAAAGCCCGGCCAACACGACAUAAAAACAGACAAAAAAUUAGUAAAAGAAAUUUACGAAUGCACAAAAGUGAAGGUAAAUGAUAAAUCUAUGGAGCUUUUGCCGCGUUCUGUGUGUGAGGAGUGCAAAAAAACCAUAAAAUGUUUUUCGCUUUACAAGCAACACAUUCGCAAAGUGGAUCAGUGUUUCAGAAGGAUUUUAAAAAAUUGCGAAGCCAAAAGUAAGGACACUAAAGAAGAAAUCUUCAAGUGUGAACAAUGUCCAGGGGAGUUCAGUGAUCAUGAUUUAUUUAAGAAUCAUUUAAAUUCACACCAGAUAAGUGUUAGUCAGGAGGAAAUUAAAGCAGAAGUUUCGUGUCCGAAAUGUGAUAACAAGUUUUGUAACUUGGAGGAGUAUGGGUCUCACAACUGUUUCACAGAAGAAGAAAAUUCGCAACAUGAUAGUUUUGAAAAUAAAAUAGAAACAGAGGAUUUGGAGGCGUUUAAAAAAGCCAAAUUCGUUUGUAGUUGGAAGAAUUGUAAAAAAAUCCUCAGUUCCGCCUACACAUUAAAAACGCAUGAGCUCAAACAUCAGGGGAAACGCUCGUUUUUGUGUGUAACUUGUGGCAAAGGCUUCAUCACAAAAAAUUCAUUAACCUGCCACGAAAAAAUACACCUGGAAGUGAAAGGUUACGUGUGUAAGCUCUGUAAUCUUGGGUUUUCUGUGCGAAGUAAUCUGAGGGCACAUGAAAAAAAGCAUCAUGAAGGAGUCAGAUUUUACUGCUCGCAGUGUUCCAGAGCAUUUGCUUCAAAGUGCAGUUUGCAGAGGCACGAAAGAAUUCACACAGGAAUCAAGGAAUUCAAGUGCCAGUCCUGCCCUUCGGCGUUCUAUACCAAAAAAGAGCUCCUGAAGCACCAAAGGUACCAUCAGGGUUUGCGCUUACAUAAGUGUGACGAAUGCUUUAAAACAUUUUUCGAACGGCACCACCUGAUCAUCCAUUUGAGGAGCCACACUGGGGAGAGGCCUUAUGUAUGCCAGUUUCCCAAUUGUGGCAAGUCUUUCACGGAAAGUCAAAAACUAAAGAGGCAUCAUAAUGCCAAACAUGCCCAAACAUAAUUAAUUGUAUUUCCUUUUAUUAAUAAAAUUGUAAAACAGAA